AUGACGUCUCCUCAGGACUUCAAGUCCCUCCAGGACAAAGUUCAAGCAGCGCUCCUCGCCACCGUCAAGUCGGUCAACCGCGUUUCCGCCGAAGACUUGCCCUUCCAGCGCGCCGUCAACCCCAACAUCGGCGAGGACCUCGACGCCAAAACCACCCGCAUCCUCGAACUGUCGACGUCCCUCCUCAAGUCCGCUGCCGAUGUGUGCGGCCUCAAUGCGCCCGAACUCGAAGAUGCCGACGACGUCGACAUGCGCUGGCGGAGCAUCGUGGACAUAGUCGACUCGGUCCUCGAAAAGGCCGACACCUCCAUUGACGAAUACACCGGGGCUCUGAAGAGAAAGGAUGCGCCAGCCACCGAUGCCACUCCCCAGUCUAAAAAGCCCAAGACGACCGGAACCGUCAUCCGCAGUGCGAACAUUACGAAACCCCAGCUUCAUUUUACUCGUAUAGUCGACAACAAUACCACGUGGAAGCCCAUCAUUACAGAGAAACCUCACGCCACAGUUCCGCUCGAGAAGAGCUUAGUAACCAGCGAAACGGACGACGGAUUCAUUCAAUAUAAACAUCCUUACGAAACCGAAAUUCUCGAGGCGAAAUACCCGGACCGUGUCUACGAACAAGCCGAGCCGAUCCCCUGGCAACCUGUCGAAACCACCGAAGCCACUUACGUCGAUACCUACGAGGGUGUCUUGGAGAUGCUGGAGGACUUGAAGAAGGCAAACGAAAUCGCUGUCGACCUGGAGCAUCAUGACUUUCGCACUUAUGUUGGACUCACUUCACUCAUGCAGAUUAGCACGCGAGAGAAGGACUGGAUCGUCGACACUCUUAAACCCUGGAGAGAGCAACUCCAGGUUCUUAACGAGGUCUUUGCUGAUCCCAGCAUCAUCAAGGUCUUCCACGGCGCGUUCAUGGACAUGGUUUGGCUGCAGCGCGAUCUCGGCCUGUACGUAAACGGCCUCUUCGACACUGGCAUGGCUUGCGAAGUGCUUCAUUACCCGCAAAAGAGCUUGGCUUUCUUGCUAAAGAAGUUUGUCAACUUUGACGCCGACAAGAAGUACCAACUGGCCGACUGGAGAGUGCGCCCUCUUUCCGAGGAGAUGCUCUACUACGCUCGUUCCGACACGCAUUACCUCCUGUACAUUUACGAUAAGAUGCGUAAUGAGCUUGUGAUGAAGUCGGACCGUGGCAACCCCAGCACCGACUAUAUUGAGGCGACUCUCCAAAAGUCCAAGACCCUUUCCCUGAGCCGAUACGGAGGUGAAACUUUCGACCCCAAGACGGGCAAGGGCAACAAGGGCUGGUACAACACUCUGCUCAGACACCCCAUGCCCUUUUCGGGCCAACAAUUUGCUGUUUACAGAGCCAUCUGGGCCUGGAGGGAUGAAGUGGCACGUAGAGAAGACGAGAGCACACCGUUCGUCAUGCCCAAUGCCAUCAUUGGCGACAUCGCAAAACACAUGCCCCCUGACGCCAAGGCCCUCCACGCCCUCAUUCCAAACCAUGCUUUCAUCGCAAGACGGAAUGUUACCGAAAUAUGGAAACGCUACCAAGAGGCGAGAGAACAGGGCAUCAACGAGCCGCGGCUGCUUGACUUCUUCAAGUCUGAGCUUCCCAAGGCUGCGACCAAGCCUUUGGCAGAAAUCGUCAGCGAAGAUGCGGCUGAUGCUGCCCUGGAACCUACAGAGCUGACGCAAUCUCAAUUGUUCGGCGGCAUGCCCCUCAGUACUGCCUGGGAAAAGGCUGCGGCCGCGGCUAAUGGCCUAGGCGAGUACGUCACGUUCCCGUGGCAGAAAUUUGUACAGAAUGCAAAGGCAGUCGAUGCAGCCGCUCAGGAGGAUGUGGCUAUGCAAGGCGGUGUCGAGGCCGAAGCCAAGGCGGCCGCUGCUGCUCAGCCGAAAGAGCCUGAAGUGGACGAGGAAUUCACUCUCAAGGCCGGCACCAAGCGCAAGGUUCCGACAGAAGACGUAUCCGACGCCAGUGACGAUUCGGACUCUGGAGCGAGCUCGAUCGACAUCGUGUUGGAGAAGCCAGGCUCGGGCAAGAAGGGCAAGAAGGGCAAGCAUACCUCAACCGAGAGCAAGGCCAUGGUGGCUUCAAAGCGGGCCGACAAGGUCGCGCGCUACACGGAGGAAUACGAGAAGGCCAAGGCCGAGGUCGAGCGCCUAACCGAGCUAAUCGCCCACGACGGCGCCGACGCUACACAGCUUGAGGAGGCGGAGGGCAUCGCUGCCGACAAGCAAGAAAAGUUGGAAAGAUAUGUGUCGGCACUCAACAACCGCAAGGCAAAGGCGGAACGCAAAGCGGCUAAGAAGGCCGAGAAGGCCAAGAAAGAGGCGGAGAAGGCCGAGAAGGAGGCCGAGAAGGAGACCAAGAAGGCGGCGAGACGGGCUGCAAAGAAGGCAAAAGAGGAUGCGAAGAAGGCCGAGGAAGAGAAUGCUGCGGCGGAAUCUGGCGACAGCGACGAGGAGGAGACGUUCGAUUACAGUAAGGCGACGUCUGUGCUCCACGCAAACCGGACGGGUAACCGCGGCAAGGUGAACGUCAAGCCGACGUUCGACCCGUACGCUAAGACGGGAGACGAUGCACCAAAGGGUGCAAGGAAGGCUGUACCUCCGCGAGGCGAGAGGACUGCCACGUUCAAGAAAUGA